AUGGGCGCGCCGCGCGCGUUGAUGGGCCUCUGCCGCGGCCCGACGCUCGACACGCAGCUCCUGAAAGCGGCCGUGGCCGCGGAGCAGGGGCUGCCGCUCCACAACUCCGUCGGCCUCACCGCUUUGCACUGCCUCUGCGAGAACGAGGCCGUCACCGCGGCGGCCCUCGAGGCCGUGCUGCCCUGCGGGCCCCGGGACCUCGCGCUGGCGCGGGAUCGCUGCGCGACGUCGCCCCUGGACCUGCUCUGCCGCAACGGGGCCGUGAGCGUCGCGAUGCUCGAGGUCGUGCUCGCCUGGUGCGGCCCGGAGCUCGUGGAGGACCGCUGCGGGUCGGCGCUCCACGUGCUCUGCGCGGCGCGCUGCGCGACGGCGGCGGCGCUCGAGGAGUUCCGCUCUCCGGAAUAUUUCAAAGCGCUCUGCACGCGCGCGCCGAAGGGCGCGUUCGUCGCCGGCGCGACGCCCCUGCGGACGUUCUGCGAGAACGAGGCCGCGUCGCUGGACGCGCUCGAGGUGGUCCUGAAUUUCACGCCGAGCUCCAUAGACGAGGUCGACGACGCCGGCGCCGGUCCCCUCCAUUAUCUCUGCGCCAACGCGGCGACGACGCCGGAGAUGCUCCGCAGGUUCCUCGCGCAUUGCAAGAGCAUCCCAUCCGCCAUCGAGGCGGUCGACGAGGACGGCUGGACGCCGCUCCACUACCUCUGCCGGCGGCCGGGCGCGUCCGCCGCGCUCGUGCGCGCCCUCGUCGCCGCGGGGCCCGGCGCCGCGGCCGCGGUCGACGACGAGGGCAUGGCGCCCCUGCACUACCUGUGCUGGAACGAGCGCGCGGAGCCAGGAGCAGUAUUAGCAUUGCUCGACGCGGCGCCGGACGUCGCGGCCCUGCGGGACGCCGAGGGCGCGACGCCCGCGCGCUACCUCGCCAAGACGCCGAGUCUGUGCUCCUUCGACCUGCUCAAGCGCGUCGCGGCGCGCGGCGUCGGCGACGCCAAAGUCGACGCGAGGCUCGUCGAGCUCAAGGACGCGGCGGCCGCGGCGCGCGUCGCGGAGCUGCGGGACCGCGUCGCGGCGACGGCGGACGCGCACGCCGCCGCCUGGCGGGCCCUGGCGAAGCAGCAGCUCGACCGCGGCGAGUGCGCGGAGUGCCUGCGGCUCUUCGCCGAGGGCGCCGCGCGCUGCCCCGGCAACUUCGCGCUGGCCCACCGCGGCGCGACCUUCGCGCUCUUCGCCGAGCAGACGGCGGACCGCGUCGCCCUCGGGCCCUUUGCCGUCGCCGCGGCCCUGGGCGAAGGCGACGUCGCGCCGGAUCGGUCGCCGGACUACGGCGGCGACGCGCUCGCCGUCUACCGGGGCGCCGUCGCCGACGCGGGCGCGUGCCGCCGCCUCGGCGACGCCGUGGAGGCGGCGGCGACGGCCGCCUGGCUCGAGCGGCGCCGCGCGGGCGCGACGGACCACGCGGUCUACGACGUCCCCGCGACGGACCUGCCGGAGCCCGCGCGGGGCUACGUCCGCGCGCUCGUCGCGUCGCUCGCGGCGCGGGCGACGCUCCUGUUCCCGGGGACCUUCGCGGGGGCGCCGGCGCGCGUGCUCGACUGCUUCUUCGUCCGCUACGACGCGGAGCGAUGCUUCGCGGAGAUGCGGGACCACGUCGACGAGUCGGCGGUCUCCGUGUCGCUGGCGCUCAACGACGCCGGCGACUACGACGGCGGCGGCCUGCACGUCGCCGCGGCGGGGAACGUGCUCAACGGGCCGGCGGGGUCCGUGUUCUGCUUCCCGGGCGCGAUCACGCACGGCGGCGUCGCGGUGACGCGCGGCACGCGGCGCAUUCUCUCCCUCUUCCUCGUCCCCGACGCCAACCGCCUUGCUGCGCAGCUGCUCGCCGUCGCGCUGCUCGCCGCCGGCGCGCGCGCGCUCGUCGCGCCGCAGCGCGCUGCACCUCGAUUCGUCGCGCUCCGCGCGUCGGCCGCGGCGACCGCCGAGCUGCGCGAGCGCGUGCGGGGCCUGCUCGACGGCCUCGCGGGCAACCUCGCCGACGGCGCGGCCAUGCCGGAGUCGGCGGCGCGGCUCGAGGCGGCCUACGGCGCCGACGCCUACGACGCCAUGUACGUCGGCCUGCUCGAGUGCUUCAUGGACCUCAAAAUCGACUUCGACAUGGGCGACGACGACGACGUGCUGCGGCCGACGGCGCACGCGUGCACGGAUCCCGCCGACGCGGUGACGCGGGCGAAGCUCGCGCCGCUCUACGCGCAGGCCAUGGGCAUGAUCGACGGCAGCGAGCCCCAGGUGAAAUUGGACAUCUGGCGGCUCGUCGUCGACAAGCUCGCGGCGCGGGUGGACAUGGAGAACCAGGAGUUCGGCGCCUGGGCCGCCGGCGUCCUCCAAGGGGGCUAA